AUGGCAGAAACCGAUCACCAUCCUUUGCGAACGUCCACCGUCCUGUCGGAGAAAGGCCCAACUUCGUACAUUACUCCCUCUUCGCCGAAACGAAGACCUGUUCGAGCACCCAGCACGAGGACCAGUAACGGCACCGUUAGCACAAACAUGAGUUAUGGCAGUGCGGGACGAUUGUCGGAGGCAACGAACAUCACCCAACCGCCCGCGCACUCCAAAAAGUUCGUCGUGGUCGGAGAUGGAGGAUGUGGGAAGACUUGUCUCCUCAUCAGCUAUGCACAAGGCUAUUUCCCAGAGAAAUACGUGCCGACCGUGUUCGAGAAUUACAUCACGCAGACCAUCCACAAGCCCACGGGCAAAGUAGUUGAACUCGCACUGUGGGAUACAGCGGGGCAAGAAGAGUAUGACCGACUCCGACCACUGUCGUACCCGGAAACGGACCUGCUCUUCGUCUGCUUCGCCAUCGACUGCCCCAAUUCACUAGAAAAUGUCAUGGAUAAAUGGUAUCCCGAAGUCUUACAUUUCUGCCCAACCACGCCCCUGAUCCUCGUCGGUCUCAAGUCUGACCUCCGGAACAAACGAACCUGUAUUGAGCUCCUGCGGACUCAAGGCCUCACACCGGUCACACCAGAACAAGGAGCUGCGGUAGCUCAACGGAUGGGAGCGAUGUAUAUCGAGUGCAGCGCCAAGGAGAACAAGGGCAUUCAAGAGGUAUUCGAUUUGGCCAUCAAUACUGCCAUUCAGGUGGAAGAGGAGAGUUUCGAGGCGAAGCCAAACAACAAGGGCGUCAAGGUCAAGAAGGCAAAGAAGAGGAAAUGUGUUUUCCUAUGA